AUGUCUUCAUUUGGUACACUAUUCAAAGUUACCACUUAUGGUGAGUCACACUGUAAGUCGGUUGGUUGCAUAGUUGACGGGUGUCCACCAGGUUUGAAGUUAACUGAAGACGACAUUCAACCACAAUUGACAAGAAGAAGACCAGGACAGAGUAAAUUGUCCACACCAAGAAACGAAGCUGACGCCGUUGAAAUACAGAGUGGGACUGAAAAUGGUGUCACUUUGGGUAGUCCCAUUGGUAUGAUUGUUCGUAACAAGGAUCAUCGUCCUGGCGAUUAUAGUGAAACUGAUUUAUACCCAAGACCAAGCCAUGCUGACUACACAUACAUACAGAAGUACGGAUUGAAGUCAGGUUCAGGUGGAGGAAGAUCAUCAGCUAGGGAAACCAUUGGAAGAGUAGCCGCUGGUGCCAUUGCUGAAAAGAUUUUGCAACAAGUAAACAAUGUUGAAAUCGUUGCCUUUGUUUCAUCGAUUGGAGAAGUGAGCAUGAAUCGAAAUGCUCAAGACCCUACAUUUCAAAACAUCUUAAACACCAUAACUAGAGAACAAGUUGAUGGCGUUGGGCCAGUAAGAUGCCCCGAUGAUGGAGUACGAGAUGAAAUGGUUAAAGUUAUCGAAAAAUACCGUGAUGCCAAGGACUCCAUUGGCGGAGUCGUCACUUGUGUCAUUCGUAACUGUCCCAUCGGGUUGGGAGAACCAUGUUUUGAUAAAUUGGAAGCGAAAUUGGCGCAUGCCAUGUUGAGUUUACCAGCCACAAAGGGAUUCGAAAUUGGAUCUGGAUUCUUGGGAACACAAAUCCCUGGAUCCAAACAUAAUGACCCUUUUAUUCACGACGAAAAGAAUAAUAGAUUGAGAACGAAAACUAACAAUUCAGGUGGUAUCCAAGGCGGUAUUUCCAACGGUGAAAAUAUCUACUUUUCGGUAGCUUUCAAGUCAGCAGCUACAAUCAGUCAAGAACAAGAAACUGCAACUUAUGAUGGUAAGCAUGGUGUUUUGGCAGCCAGAGGAAGACACGAUCCUAGUGUUACACCAAGAGCAGUUCCUAUUGUAGAAGCAAUGGCUGCACUUGUGUUGGUUGAUGAGUUCAUGAUUCAACAAGCUAGAAGCGCCACAGCUGGAUUGUUGACAAAGUGA